CGCCCGCUCCUGCGCUCAGCAAGUGUCGGCUGUAGACCAGCGGAGGGCUGGAGGGCGAGACCGGGGACCGCGGCACCGGGACAAAACAAAACCUCCACUUAGGAUGGACUGAACUGACGACCGCUGGAAGAAGAGGAAAACAAUAUGAAGGAACCCCUGCUGAGGAUUUGAUUUUUCCUGGAACAUUUUUUUCUCAGUGCAUCAGCCUGCUUCACACGUCUGAAUAUUCUGUCAUUUCAACAGAGGCAGACAGGCAGAGGACAUCAUGGACCGACUGAGCGAGUCAGAGUCUGUGAACAGAUGAAUCACAUAUGAGUGAUAGAUGAUGUAACAACAUUUGGGACGCUCUUCUCGCGGACCACGGAGCUAAUUUCACCAACAGAAAGGGGAAAAGUGCUUUUUAAAAGCUUGUGACCUUCACACAUUUAUUUUGCCAAUGACAAAACAAGUUACAAUCUCAGCCAGUGGAGCGGCAAUGACCUAAUUCAGAUUAAAUGACCUCACACUGAUAAGCAGACCGCCUCCUCACUGGGUGAUGGAACAUAAUCACAAAAGGACUCUUAUCAUAGAGGCUGGAGUGUGUGAGGUUACAUGAUAUUUCUCUCUCUCUCUCUGUGUGGAUGGCUGUUUAAACUCAGAGCAGUGAGUUUUGAUGCUACAUGCAGUAAUGUUGCGGCGUGGACUACUAGCCCGGGUCUCGCGUGUCGGGGGUGUGCUGGUGCUCCUCUGCUGCUCCCUGUCACUGCUCUAUGUGAUGACCUGCAGCCCUCCACACUCUGAUGACCCUCCACUGAGUCAUGCAUUACCCCGUGCUGGACCCAAUCACCCCAGCCUGGGGGGCACAGGGCCGGGGAUUGGAGCAGGUGCUGGUGGGACAGGAGGAGCCGGAGCUGGGCCUGCCCAAAGCGGUGGAUCGCCAGGUGUCCAGUCGUACCAGGUGCUCCUUCAAGAGCGUGAGGAGCAGCACCGCCUUCACAUCUCCUCCUUGAAGAAGGAGAUUGCUCACCUGAAGGAGGCUUUGCAGGAGCGCAGCCAGCAGCUGAAAGGAGUGCAGGAGAGUCUGAAGAGAGCCACCGGGGGUCCAGCAGUAGGACAGGAGGCUGGGGCCGGGUCCCAGGGAGGUGGUCAGCAGGCUGAUCUCCAGGAUUUCCUGAGGAGCCAGCUGUCGAAGGCCGAGGUGACGGCCGGCAUCAGGCUGCCCAGUGAGUAUGCAGUGGUUCCAUUUGAGAGUUUCACCCUGCAGAAGGUGUACCAGCUGGAGAUGGGGCUGACGCGUCACCCUGAGGAGAAGCCAGUGAGGAAGGACAAGAGAGAGGAGCUGGGGGAGGUGCUGGAGAUCGCCCUGCACAGCCUCAACACACCUUUAUCCAAGCAGGACAGCAGGGGUGCAGCAGAGAAGACUCAAGUUAGCAAAGUUUAUGCACCGUCUGACUUCAUAGAAGGUAUCACUCGUACAGAGAAGGACAAAGGGACGCUGUACGAGCUGACCUUCAGAGGAGAGUCAAGCAAUGAAUUCAGGCGCCUGGUCCUCUUCCGUCCCUUUGGACCAUUGAUGAAGGUGAAAAACGAGAGAGUGGACACAGCCAACGUCCCGAUCAACAUCAUCGUCCCACUGUCCAAGCGCACAGACAAGUUCAAACAGUUCAUGCUGAACUUCAGGGAAGUCUGUGUGCGUCAGGACGGCCGGGUCCAUCUGACAGUGGUGUAUUUUGGGAAAGAACAGAUGAAUGAAGUCCGCAGCACUCUGGAGAAUACAUCCAGGGAAGUUAAUUUUAAGAAUUACACUCUGCUGCAGCUGGACGAGGAGUUUUCUCGGGGAAGAGGUCUAGACGUCGGGGCCCGAGCCUGGAAAGGAGGCAACGUGCUGCUUUUUUUCUGCGAUGUAGACAUCUACUUCACAGCUGACUUUCUCAACAGCUGCCGACUCAACACACAGCCUGGUAAAAAGGUUUUCUACCCGGUGUUAUUCAGCCAGUACAACCCCACUCUGAUCUAUGGAAGCCCUGAACACAUCCCACCAGUGGAGCAACAGCUGGUGAUCAAGAAAGACACGGGGUUCUGGAGGGAUUUCGGUUUCGGCAUGACCUGCCAAUACAGGUCCGACUUCAUUAACAUAGGAGGUUUUGACAUCGACAUCAAAGGCUGGGGUGGUGAAGAUGUCCACCUCUACAGGAAGUACCUUCAUAGCAACCUCUUAGUGGUGCGAGCUCCGUCCCGAGGCUUGUUUCACCUGUGGCAUGAGAAGCACUGUGCCGACGAGCUCCCUCCGGACCAGUAUCGCAUGUGCAUGCAGUCAAAGGCCAUGAACGAGGCCUCGCAUGGUCAGUUGGGCAUGCUGUUCUUCAGGCAUGAGAUCGAAGCUCACCUCCGCAAACAGAAACAGCAGCAAAACUCAAAUCCCAAGAAGUCAUGAAGACUCAAAGCUGCUGGAAUUAUAAUCAGUGGAAUUCAACUGAUCUGGACUAUGUGCGAUUUAAAAGAACAGUUCAACAUUUGGGAAAAUACACUUAUUUGGUUUCUUGCUGAGAGUUAGACCAGACAACAGAUACCACUCUCGUCUCUCUACGGGAGAUAUGGAGAUAGCAGGUGAUUAGCAUAGCUUAGCAUAAAGACUGGAAACAGGGGGAAGCAGCUAGCCUGGCUCUGUCCAACAAUAAAAAAACUGCAGAAAGUUUACAGCUCACUAAUUAACAUAUUAUUUCUUCUCUCUUUCUUCCUGGCUGUAACUUCAUAUUUUACAUACAGAUGUGGGAGAAUUAGCGACCUGCUUAUUUAACUCUCAGAAAGAAACCUAUUAAGCAUAUUUCCCAAAAUAUCCAACUGUUCCCUUAAUCAAAAAUGUGAAGACUUUUUUUUUUUUUUUACCAACUUUUCAAGGAUUCAGAGCAUGUCGUUGCUCUAUUGUAGCUGUAGAAACAUAAAGUUUCAGAUAAAUAAUACUGAUUGAACUGCUGGACGCAUUUAUCUGAGCAACUGUAGUGGACUUUCAUUUCGUCUGAUACGUUCAUCUGUAAUUUAAUGUCCAUAUGUGUAUUCCUCUGUAACUGCAGCAAGGCCUUACAGACACAAAAUGUGGGGCCUAAUCUUGAGCUGUAACAUCUUUCUGAACCAUGUGCCUUGUGUGGAUAAAACCUUAACACUGUUUCUUCAUGAUGGCCAGUGAAAGAUUUAACCUACAGGUUUUCAUAUGUAGGGAAACAGAGCUAUCUGGUGGACUGAAAGUGAAUAACACGUAGGUGAAAAACAAAACAAUGAAGGACUUGUCCAAAACCUGCCAUGGCCUUGUAAAACUUUUUUUUUUUUAAAUAAUUUAUUGAUCAGUAAUCUUUAUUUUGUUAUUUAUUUUUGGUAUUAUUUUGUAAUCUCUCUAUCUAAAUUUCGAAUGCAGUGUUGUGUGUGUAGGCCAUUCACCUCUUUAAUGAAGCAAGAAAACACCAUAAAUUGCAUUAUCAGGUAUUUGCGAGUAAAAAUUUGACUUUUACAAGACUUAGAUAUGUAUGCCCACAAUAUGACUAAACAUAUGAUUAUUUUUUUAAAUGUUGAAUUUAAAAGAUAAAACAUAAUGUAGACUAAUUGGUGUUUUUCUGCCACAUAACUAAUUUGGGGCCACAUGGUGGAUAGCUAAAGGACUGGCAGUAAAACUGUUUGCUGUCAUGACACUGACGAUGACUGAACAAGUCAGAAUAAGCCUUUUGAUCUUUGUAUUUUUGUUUUUUUCAAUCAAACAUGACUCUUGUGUCAUGAAUAAAGUCCAGAGUGCAAUAAAGACACAUUAUAUGUGUUACGGAGCAGUCACAAGAACUGGAGAAACAUAUUAAAACCAUAUUUUAUCAUGGUUAAUUUAUGUAUCAUCCAUGAAUCUUUCUCCUGCACUUCUUCAGUCCUUAGAGGCAACACAAUCUGUAUUUUUGGUGGUUGACCAAAGAUGUGAAAAGAGGCACUUUUUGAAUUUUAUUUUUUAUUUCCUUGAAACAUUUCUUGUAAUAAUACAUCAAACUGUCUUUAUAAUUCAAGUUAUCUUUUCACUUCAUGUAAAUAAGUUAAUUAAAACAUAUUUGUGCAUU